AAACCUUCCUUCAUCCUCUAGCAUUUGGUUCAUUCAUUGAGCUUACUAGAGUGAGGAGAAUCAUCGACUAGUAUUUUUCUACGGCUUGGUCUUGCCGCCUCACGACCUUGAAGAUGCCUUUCGGCGAGGAAAUCUUUGACGAUGACAUGCCUAUGGUCACGAGCGACCUCCUCGGGGGCCCCGAACCCGAGUCGCCAGUCGGUAUGGACCCUGGCGGAGGCGGCGGUUUAACCGUUGUCACACUCGAUGAACGCACUGAGUUUCGCAACGAGACAGUGCGUGUCCCUGAAGCGGACAUGGACAUGGAGCUCCAGGCAGACGCCGAUGCAGGCUCAUCGCUGCCCGCGCCCCCUUCAGCUGGCAAGCGCGGCAGGCCAUCACUCUCAAGCUCUGCUACCCCUGCCAAGUCGACGACUUCUAGAACGCCUCGCUCGAGUAAGAGCACUAAGAGCGCCGCGGCCCCAAAAAGCGCUGGCCGUAGCACCGGCAAACGCAGGGCCACUGCCGAGUCCGAGCCCGAGGAGGCUCAGAAUGAUGAGCCCGAGCCGACUCCGGCGCGCAAGCGCGGCCGGCCCCCCCGUUCCGCCGCUGCCACCGCCAACACACAGCUCAAGCAGCCGACGCGUGGCCGUACUAAGUCCAGCACUGUAAGCACCCCGGCAGACAACUGCAUUAUUGGUCCACCCUGCUAACCAACGCCAACAGCCUGCUUCGAAGCCUGGGAGGAAGGUUGGGCGUCUCAAGAAGGAGGACGCGAACGGCGAAGUGCUUCCAGGUGAAUACGAGGUUGAGGCGAUCCGCGACUCGAUGAUUGACGCCGACACCAUGGAGCAUUACUACCUGAUCAAGUGGAAGAAUUAUCCGGAAAGCAGAAACACCUGGGAGCCAAAGAAAAAUCUCAAAGGUUCCGU